AAAAUAUAAAAGAUAGGACUCUUCAUUGACUCUUACAAAAUCUACACUGAAGUUCUGAAAGCGAAGAUUUGACAAAAAGAUUCAUCAUGGCCGUCAUGAGAGCUCUUGUGCUUCUUUUCUUGGUCUUUUCUGUUGAGAGUGCACCAGCUCAGCACUGCCCUCAUGGAUGGACACCUUUUGGUGUGCAAUGCUACAAAUUCUUCCCUGCGUCUGUUGACUGGACCACAGCUGAGAAAAACUGUCAAUCCCUUGAUGCAAAUCUUGCAUCUGUGCGCAAUACAGUGGAAAACAACUUUCUCCUGAGUCUGAUUGUGUCUCCUAUCUCAGUUUCUUGGAUUGGUGGCCAUGAUGCUGAAGUGGCUGGACAAUGGCUGUGGACUGAUGGAUCUCAAUUUGACUUUACCACCUGGUGCACUGGAGAACCUAACAAUUAUGGUAGUAAAGAGUACUGCCUGCAAAUGAACACUAACCAUUGCUGGAAUGAUGCACCCUGUUCAACCACAUUAAGCUACAUUUGUGCCAAACCUGUGAGCUCAUGAAAAAUCAAUCUGUUUCAAAAGUACUAUUGUACUGCAUGCCUAUAAAUUAUCCUUAAAACCCAGUAUCUUACUGAACCUUUUUGAAAACUUCUCAAAUCAAUAAAAACAUUUAUAAAGCAAA